CCGCAGGAAGUGUCCGCGGUCUUCCAUUUACGAGUACCUGCCAGUUCCACGUAUGUCAAACAGGAUUUGAGCUCCCAAACACGGAAGGAUAACAACCAAUUUUUGUUUUCCCCCCCUGUGGGAAUACUGUCCGAGGGGAGGGGCCGAAAUUCCCGUGAAAUGCUACCGCCGUUUCGCUGCUGCUCUCCGCGCUGGGGUUCGGGAGUUGUCCGGCUGGUGGCACACUCAAGCUACUACUGACCAAACGAAGACACUAGGCACUAUUAUCUCGCGUGGAUAAAAAAAAAAAAAACACACCACCAUGCCGGGUUCCGAUGGAGGGACGUGAAAAUGCCCCACGGUCACUGAAUUGACACGGCUGACGACGUGUUGCAAUUAAAAGGGAACGGAGCUGUCUCUCUCUCUCCAGCGGUUUCAUACAACAACCGUGUCGUUAAUUGCGCUCUGAGACUGCAUGACACCGAGAGGCACCGAGGCUCCGGGAGUCCAUUCAUCCAGCCUGCUGUGGUAAUGACGUCUGUGUGUUCGCUUGUUUUCAUUUAGUCGGUGAGACGUUCAUGAACACAUCCUCCACCACCACCACCACCACCCGGAGUCAGUGUCGGGGAGAGCGACGCUGAGGCGACUCGGCAGUGGGAAGGAUAUGGGAAAGCGAGUGGAACCGAUGCAGUGGGUCUUGUCAAGACAUCGUCAAAAUACAGGGCAGUGAUGCCUGGCAUGGUGAUGUUUCGGCGGCGCUGGUCAGUUGGCAGUGAUGACCUGGUGCUGCCCGCCCUUUUCCUUUUUAUAUUACACUGCAUCUGGUUGGUGGUUCUCUCCGUGGUUCUCUUCGGUCUCCCUUACGGCUCGGACCAGUCUUGUUCCAUUACACUGGUGGACCAUGGCAGAGGCUACCUGGGCAUCCUGGUCAGCUGCCUGAUCUGUGAGAGCGCCAUCAUGUGGUUGAGCAUGAGAGGCAGCAUUUUGUACACACAGCCCAGGGAGGCUGUACAGUACGUUAUCUACAUACGACUAGCUAUUCUGUUAGUCGAGUUGGUAUACGCUGUGGUAGGAAUUGCCUGGCUUGUCCAAUAUUACCAGCCGUGCUCUGAUGUCACAGCCAAAAACCUGGCUUUGGGAAUUGUUGCAUGCAACUGGCUCGUGAUACUCAGCGUUUGCAUCACCCUCAUGUGCACAUUUGAUCCCACGGGUCGGACGUUUGUGAAACUGAAAGCCACCCGUCGGCGUCAGCGAAACCUUACAACGUACACACUCAGACACAGGCUAGAGGAGGGCCAAGCCAGCAGUUGGAGCAGGAGACUCAAGUUCUUCAUGUGUUGCACAAGAGCCCAGGAUACACAAUCAGAUGCGUAUUCAGAAGUGGCCAGCCUUUUUGCAGAGUUCUUCAGAGACUUGGACAUUGUGCCUAGUGAUAUUAUUGCUGGCCUGGUUCUUCUCCGCCAGAGGCAGCGGUCGAAGAGAUCUGCUAUCCUGGACCAGGCCAACAAUGACAUUUUAGCCUUCUUAUCUGGAAUGCCUGUAACACGUAAUACAAGAUACCUGGACCUUAAAAAUUCGGCUGAGAUGAACAUGUACAAGGACGUGUGCUACUACAUGCUUUUUGCCCUGGCUGCAUAUGGCUGGCCCAUGUACCUGAUGAGGAAACCUGCCUGUGGGCUGUGCCGCCUCGCCAGCUCCUGCCCAUGUACAUCAAUGUCCAGCUCUCGGUUGUCUCAGUCCGUGACAGUGGAGGAGGACAACUGUUGUGGCUGUAAUGUCCUGGCCAUACGCAGGCACUUCCUGGAUCGGGACCUCAAGCAGGUUCACAUUGUCUACACAUCCUGCCAUGAUGCUGUCUACGAGACUCCGUUUUUUGUGGCAGUGGAUCACGGGAAAAAGAAGGUUGUCAUCAGCAUCAGAGGCACCCUGUCACCAAAGGACGCCUUGACUGAUCUCACUGGGGAUUCUGAACGUUUGCCUGUAGAGGAACAGCAAGGCACCUGGCUUGGCCACAAGGGGAUGGUUUACUCAGCAGAAUACAUCAAGAAGAAGCUGGAGCAGGAAAUGAUCUUGUCACAAGCCUUCGGAAGAGACCUGAGCAAAGGCACGAUGCAUUAUGGGCUGGUGAUAGUCGGGCACUCUCUCGGUGCAGGCACUGCUGCUAUCCUCUCCUUCCUGCUGAGACCUCAGUACCCCACGCUUCACUGCUACUCUUACUCCCCACCUGGUGGCCUUCUAAGUGAGGAUGCCAUGGAAUACUCCAAAGAAUUUGUAACAUCUGUGGUAUUAGGAAAAGACCUAGUGCCAAGGCUCGGCCUCUCACAACUGGAGGGUUUCCGACGCCAUCUUCUGGAAGUCUUGCAGAGGAGUAACAAGCCAAAGUGGAGGAUCAUUGCAGGAGGCACCAAAUGCAUCCCAAAAUCGGAGCUUCCGGUCGAGGACGAAGAUCCUCAGGCUCAGCCCGCGGCACCUGCCAACAGUUGUCUGUGGCUCCACCCCAGUGACCUCAGCAUCGCCCUUUCAGCCUCCACCCCCCUCUACCCUCCUGGCAGAGUCAUCCAUGUGGUGCACAACCAUCCUCCGGAGACAUGCUGUGGCCAAGAGGAUCCAACCUACUCGGCUCUGUGGGGGGACAACAAGGCCUUCAAUGAGGUCAUCAUAUCACCCGCCAUGCUUAACGAGCACAUGCCCCACAUGGUGAUGGAGGGCCUGAACAAGGUGCUGGAGAACUACAACAAAGGGAAAACGGCUCUGCUGUCGGCGGCUAAGAUCAUGGUGAGCCCCACAGAAGUCGACCUGAACCCAGAGAGCCUUUUCAUGGACGCGGCGGCAAACUCUCAGCAGCCGACGCCUACAACCCACCACCGCAGGAACAGUAGUGUUCGAAAAAAAACAAUGUUACGCUCAUGUGCCCAGUCUGAAAUAUCCCUGGACGGGUUCUCGGAGUGCCCGCCUCCUCCGGUGCCUGUGGUCCUGCGCGGAGCCCGGGAGAGGCUCACGGUGGAGCUGCGGGACCGCAAAGCACCACUGGCUGUCAUGGAGAGCCUCUCGGACGCCGAAUCCCUCUACAGCCUAGAUUCCCGACGCUCCUCUGCUGCACUAAGGGGCUCGCCUCUGCUAGGUACCCUCUCAUUCCCUUUGGAUGCCCCGAUCCCGGAGGAGAACCCGUCUCUGAGCUCGCGCACUGAACUUCUAGCUGCCGACUCCCUCUGCCAGGCAACGCCGGAGCAUCUGGGUGAGGUCGGGCCGUUCUUUACGCCACUGGAGUCCGCGUCCACGCCGGACUACCCCAUGCGGCUGUCUCCCGCCACGCCUCGCUACAGCGGACACCAUUCCCCCGCUCUGCUGAACCAGAGCGUUUUGGCUCAGCCUUUCAAGCCGGAGGUGAACGCCAACACGCACCCCAACGUAGACCACCAACAGAUUCCUGGUGUCUACAGCCCGGGAACCACUCCCAUCGCCCCCCUCAGCCCUCAGAUCGAUUCUCGAGAAAGAGAACAGGACGAUUGGGAGUUGGAGACGGAAAAGAAACAAUUAAGUGCAGAGACCAAACCGGCAUCUUCCACUCCUCCACCCCAACUGUCCAACGGAAACCCCAGCCAGGCAGUGCUGGAGUUUGCGCAGUACUUAGACUCUCUGUUCAGACUGGACGGCAGCAGCUCGCCACCUAUGGAGCUGUCCGACGGGGAGUCAGAGUCAGGCCGGGGCUCCUUUGGACAGGGUGAGUGUCUCCGAGACGGACAGGCGCUGGACGACAAACAGCUUCUGGCGCGAGCAACACUGGAACCCAACCUCGUCCCCAAACCUCCACGCACUUUCGCUGGAUCUGCCGAUCCCUCUUCGGGCAUCUCCCUGUCGCCCUCCUUCCCGCUGUCGUCGUCUGAGGAGCUCAACGACUUUUCCCCCGGUGAGGCCGCGCCACCGGCCAUGCACUCCCUACGAACACCUCCCCCUUAUCACUGCCCUGAAGAGAACACGCUAUCGUCUAUGGUGUAGUGUGCUCUCCGGACGCCCUGAAUGGAGAAGCGCGGUCAUCCAAACUCUUCAAAACAUAUCACAGUUACGUGCAUGCAAUGGAAUGCAGUCACUUAUCAGAGAUCCAGUGACAGAACUUGACCCACAGAACUCUUUCCAUUCUUCAGGUGUUUCCCCCUUUGAAGGCUGUUUAUAGCAUUUUCACACUAUUGCAAUGUCUAAGAAGAAGAAGAAAACAUACCUCUCUCUGCAUGCCAGGGGGCUGUGCUGCUUUUGGAUGAAUAUAAAUAACUGUAGCUUCAACAAUGCCAUUCCAAAACCAUGUUGUCUCGACCCCGGUUGGGACGCGUCAACAUGACAUCAAAUUCCCUGACUUAACAAGAUCAAAGGGGAGUCUAAUUAAAUGAGCAGGGAUUGAGAAACUAACACUGUAGUAUGGGGGUCAGUGGAUGUACUGUACAACGUCCCGCUCCCUCAGCAGCUAUGGAAACUUUUGUCCAACAUUUAAAUUUUUUUUUUUUUUUUUUUUUUU